AUGGCCAAUGUCACAGCAACCCCAGCGAAUGGCACUCGCUGCAGCAGGGAUUACCAAACCACCCAGGUCCUCUUUCCACUGCUCUACACUGUCUUGUUUUUCAUCGGACUCAUCACAAACAGCCUGGCAAUGAGGAUUUUCUUUCAAAUCCACAGUAAAUCCAACUUCAUUAUUUUCCUCAAGAACACAGUCAUUUCCGAUCUUCUCAUGAUUCUGACAUUUCCCUUCAAAAUCUUUAGUGAUGCUGAACUAGUAACAGGCUGGUUAAGAACCUUUGUGUGUCAGGUCACCUCCGUCAUAUUCUACUUCACGAUGUAUAUCAGUAUCUCAUUUCUUGGACUGAUCACUAUAGAUCGUUACCAGAAGACCACCAGUCCCUUUAAGACAUCAAGUCCUAACAAUCUCUUGGGGGCAAAAGUUCUCUCCAUCAUCAUCUGGGCUUUCAUGUUCUUACUUUCUUUGCCGAACAUGAUUCUGACCAACCAGAGGCCCAAAGACAAAAACGUGAAGAAAUGUUCUUUCCUCAAAUCAGAGUUUGGACUAGUCUGGCAUGAAAUAGUCAAUUACAUCUGUCAAGUCAUUUUCUGGAUUAAUUUUUUAAUUAUUGUUGUCUGUUACACACUCAUUACAAAAGAAUUGUACAGGUCAUAUGUAAGAACCAGGGGAGUGGGCAAAGUCCCCAGGAAAAAGGUGAAUGUCAAAGUCUUCAUUAUCAUUGCAGUAUUUUUUAUUUGUUUUGUGCCUUUCCAUUUUGCCCGAAUCCCCUACACUCUUAGCCAAACCCGGGAUGUCUUUGACUGUUCUGCUGAAAACACUCUAUUCUAUGUGAAAGAGAGCACUCUGUGGUUAACUUCCUUAAAUGCAUGUCUGGAUCCAUUUAUCUACUUCUUUCUUUGCAAGUCCUUCAAAAAUUCCUUGAUAAGUAUGUUCAGGUGCCCCAAUUCAGUAACAUCUGCAGCCCAAGUGAACAGGAAAAAAAGACAGAACAGUUGUGAGCCAAGUGAAGAAACUCCAAUGUGAACAAAUAAACUGCGGAAAUAGUU